AGUUUGGGAGAUGCGCAGAAAAAUCACGAUUUUAACUGGUUUUUAGUGUGAAAUACUGGAAAUCUGUAAUAUAGAAAGGAAUAUUUUGAUCCCGCUGCGUCUGGUGCAGAUAUUUUCUCUGGAUCUGUCCCAAAAGAGUGAGAUUUGUUAGGUGAAUUAGGGAUUCAGCUGGCGGUGGAGAAAGAAACAGUCUGAAUUCAGGGAAUCCUCUCAGCAUGGCUAGGGGUGGCAGAGCUGUACAAGAUAUGCGAAUGGAGGAGGAGAAGCAUCUCUCAGAUGUGGUGUAUUUUGGGCUCUACGCGCUCACGAAGGCGCGCAAGCCGACUCGUGAAUUUGAAAAGAUCUUCAAAAAGGAUUUAUUCUUGAAGCCCAAUCAAGGGGCUCUGAUUCAUGUGAUGCACUUUCUGUUCACGAUCUACGAUUCAGAAGACUUCCGAAAACGCUUCUUUUGGCCACUGCACAAUGACCGGGAGGCUGAGAAAACAUUCCGGGCCACGUGUUUGACUUACUUGCUGGAGCUCAAUGAGCGAUUCAAUCUGCAGAUGGUGGAUAUCUCGACGUACAUUUUUCUUUUUCCGGGCGGAUUCAAGUUCCUAAAGAUCAUGGAGAAGCUCAUCAAGUUCAUCACCAUUGAGGAGGUGAAGAAGCGCAAUGAGGGCGGUCUUCUCGAUGAAAUGACCGUAGCUUUGGGCAAUAGAACUCUUCGGCAAUUGGUGGCGCAAAAGGAGGCUUUGGAUAAAAUUGCGGGGGAAAAAAUGGAUUUCUGUGCAUCAGAACAGCAGCGGCUCGAAAACACCCUGGAUGAUUAUCAGAAGAAAAUCGAAGCUCUAGCAAUUGAGAAUGGGAUGACGAAGGAUUAUUUGCUAAGUGAAGAGUUUCAGGCCAAAGAAAUGGAGAAGAUACAGCAGAGAAUUGAAAAAAUGAUCCUUAUGGUUGAUUCUAGUGAGCGAUAUUGUGAGAACUUGAGAGAGUUGAAAAACAAGAUGAAGAACAUGAAGACACCAAUUAUUUCCACAAAUCUCAUCCAGAGAACGGAGGAAGCAGCUUCCAAGAUCUCCAAACGCUUUCCGGCUAUUCUUGAUGACUUUGGAGAUAAUGGCUUGUCAAUUGAUGGCAAAGUCAAUGUGAAUUUCGUGGGGAAACUCACAAAUUUCUCUCUUCCACAUCUGCAGAAGAUCCUUGUUGAGGAGAUUGACAGAAGAGCUCCAACAGUAGCUGAAGAAACUGCGACGUAUAAUACUUUGGCAAGAAAGAUGGUUAAAAUGUCCGUAAAGUUGAAUAACAUGAUGAUGAGCAAAUCACAAGACUGUUUUCCAGAUGAUAGAGAGACGGAGAACGUCAUUGCAAGCACUCCUGGCUUCAAAUUUAAUAAUCAACCCACGAUGAAGAGCCUGGAGAGCAAACACCUGAUCUUCCAAGACUGUGAUGUGGCUGAUUUGCAGCAGUUGCAACUGAAUCAGCUGCAUGAGAAAAUGAGCGCGCCUGGAAGACUGGGAAGAUCCAAUGCGUCCUUGAUCACUUCAUCCAUGAAAACUGUCGCGAAGCCGAACAGAACUCUUCAAUAUGACGCCUUGAGCGUCUUGGCAUUGACGGAGAAGCGACCGAAGGCGAGGAAAAUGAAUGCUGUGCCUCUGGAUCUCUUCUCACACCACAAAGGGAAGUCAGGUGCGCUCAAUCAUCUGGACUUUGAAACACCCAAUGUGUCCUACAGUCAAACAUCGAAGAUCAGCAUCGAUGGUCGCUUGCCGCUGGGCAGUUCUUCGAUGAUUAUCGGCAGUGAGAAGGAGAUGGAGAGAACUGCAUCUCUGACCAAGUACGAGUACAGUCCGAGUCCUGGGCCAAGUCAUCGUGCAGAUGAAGAAAACUCCCCAUCUGGAUUCCUGAAACCGCCUAAAGAGACAAUAUUUGCGAUACCAAAACUCGUUUUUGAUGGCAUUCAGGAAGAGAACAACAGUUCGCAGAAGGCAAAUAACUCUUUCGAGAGCCUUUUUCCUCAAAUCGUGAAAGAAGAGGAAGAAGAGUCUCUGUUCAAUAUCUCCGAUGGAGUUCUUCAAGACGUUGAGUAGCAGAAGAAUACGUAAAUAUCGCGCCAAAACUGCCAAUAUUUGUAAAUUUCGCUUGAUUCAGUUGAUAUAUUUGAGAAGUUUAUAAGUAUAUCACAUGAUUCCCAAGAAAUAAUAAUAAAACAGAAAA